AUGGUCACUAUUUCAAUGCCUCUCCCAUUAUUUUCAACUUCUUCAGUUUCUACUUAUUCACAACAAUUUAAAAAUAAUAAAAAUAAUUCUUCUUUAAUUUCUCGACAUCAAGCUAGACGUGUUUCUUUACCUAAUGCUUUGUUGAAUAAUCAAAGUGGAGGAGGGUUUAGAUCACCUCGUUCUAGAACACCUAAUUCUUUAAGUCCAAAACUCGGAUUUUUAAAGGAAAUCUCAGAGUUCGACAUUGAUCCUCCUUUCAUUUCUCCUGGUGCAUCUUCAAGCUCAAGUGCUGAUAAUUCUCAUUGUAAUUCUCCAAUGCUUCUUUCACCAUUUUCUCAUCGUCCAGCCUCAGCACGGCCCUAUCGCCGUAAUAAACUUAUUAAUCAAAACCAACAACAACCUCAACAAUCCAAAACUCAAGAAGAAAUUAAACAACGGAGAAAUGUUCAAUCUUUACGUGCUGCUAGACGUUCAGAACCUUUUAUUUUAGGAAACUGUGAGGAUUUGGUUGAUGACGACUUUAAAUGGACAGACGUUGAUGGAUUUUAUGGAAGAAAAAAUUCUAUUCCGCUUCAUCAAUUAUUGGCCAAUGAUUUGGCACUUCUUAGGGGAAUUCAUGCGAAAAAUGAACAAUCAAAUGGAAACACACCACCCCCAGGAACAAUAAAACGUUUAAACAACAUUUCUCCUUCUAACUCUGGAAUAGAUAAAAAUGAUGAUAAUCAAUUGGAAGAAAAUAAUGAUGAAAGUGAAGAUUCUUUAAAUUCUGGAAAAUAUAAAAAAAGACAAGAAUCUCGUUUUAAAAGAUCUUCUUUGGAAGAAAUUAAAAAAUCUUCUUCAGCCCCAAUGAGUUCCCCAACAAAAAGACGUUUAAAAAUGAUUAAAAAUAAAUUAUAUUCUUUAGAAGAUGAUCAAAAAGGAAUUAAAUCUAAAUUAAAUGAAAAUGAAGGUUUGGAUGACCAGAAUCAAUCUAAUUCUGAAAAUGAAAAAGUUAAAUUUAUGGAUUCUUUGGAUGAAUUGGAUAAAGAAAAAGAUGAAGCAAACGACGAUGUUCGUCUCCUUCGUCAAAUUUUAAAAUCUCGAAGGCAGCCAAUACAACAAUUCCGACAUUUUAGUGUCGAUCAAGAUGGUCAAAGAAUUGUUGAUAGUGGAGUUAGAACAAUACGUUCAAAAAUCCAUCAAAAUCCCCCACAAAGUGAAGUGAGAAAUCCAAAGGCUAGGCGGGCAACUUGUCCCGAAAUUUGGUUAAGUGAAGCAGAAGAUGAGGAAAGAUUAACUAUGAAUUGCGCAGUUAGACUUUUUGGAUGUAAUUCUGUUGGGAAAAAAUCAAUUGCUAAACAGCUUGCCUCAGCAGCAGAAGUAUCCCCACAAGAUGAUGGAGUAAUCGUUUCAACAGGCAACAAAAAAAUAUAUUUUUAUAAUUUAUUAAACAUUUCUUUUAGAUAA